GCUUCGGGUUUCAGCAUGUGGGGUGAGCUGCGACUUCCCUUUUGGUCGUGACUUCCUCCACCAGUGCAAAGCGCUGUUAUUUCCCCACUUCUUACUUCUCCCACCUUGAGACUCCGUCACUUUUCUUCUCCUCGCUGUGCCUCUCAAAUUAAAGCUGCCCCCUCCAUUGCCUCCUCUCUUCAAACUCUCACUCCAUCUCAACGACCUAGAAGUGCAACCGUGUACCGCAGUAGGACCAUGAUGCUCACCAAGCUCGUCACUCUGGCUACCGCCAGCCUCCUACCAGCGACUCUUGCAAUUCCCGCCCCAGGCGCUCCUUCCAACCACCAAGCACCCGCUCAAGGUAUCUCGCCUCUUGUAGCUGAGUCCUUGACCUCUACCACGAAGACUGCCGACUUCGCAACUGGUCGUUGCCAGUUUCACGCUCGUGUCUAUCAGCAGUGUGUCGAAUCGGAGACUACCACAUCAAUCUCGAUUCCCUCCUUCCUCGACAAUGCUGGCAAGGUCAUAUUCGAACCUGCAGACGGUCUUCCUGUCACCGUGGACCAUGGUAGGUGGCGUAUUACUGGACUGGGCAAGGACCUUUGGGCAAGCUUCCAGAACGGUGCUGUGAGCUGUAAGUGAACGUGGUGGUACCGGAGCGUGGAUAAACUCGACAACCUCAUGUGCGAUGUACUGACAGAACACAGACGUCUAUGGUGAUGUUACAUGGACUGGUGAGCAGUCGCCUGACAAGAAGAACGCAUUUACC